ACUAGAGCAAGAGAAAAAAGGGGAACCACCUUACGAAACUCGUCUCGUGAGAAAUUCGGAGUAAACCCUUGUCUGGUGCCCCUGUCCCUUUAUUCGCGAAAUGAUUGUGUUUGAGGUGCGCGCCUAAGAGCAAACUUCAGUCGAUGACCACGUGCUUCCGCGGGAAGCAGUGCGUCGCGUGCCCGCGAUUCUCAGUGUCCGCGUACAUUUCGUUGUCGUGGUGUUAAUUGGAAAAUCGAUCGUUUAACGUGCGCGUUUCGUCGGUCCAGCGAUCGUCGUAUUUUCGUCGACAAUCAGUAGUCAGGUCCGCGUAUCCCGGGAUUGCGAGAUAUGUCGUAUAUACGAAAGUACUUCAAGAGGACGCCGGUUUACGUCGUGGAGGACCACGAUGAGGCUUUACCGUUUAUAUAUCGGUGUAUGGGAUCGAAGCAUCUGCCCUUCGAAGGUAACACCUUUGUACAUCUGGAUUCGCAUCCCGAUAUGCUGAUACCGAAGGAGAUGCCGGCCGAUACGGUGUGGGACAAGAAUCAAUUGUUCAGUGAGAUUAGCAUCGAGAAUUGGAUUCUGCCUGCAGCGUACGCGGGUCAUCUUAAGAACCUGAUUUGGGUAAAACCACCAUGGGCGAAUCAGAUGACUGAUGGUGUACUGACGUUCCUCAUUGGCAAGCAAAAGGAGACCGGCUUGAUAAGGUAA